AUGCUUGUCGUCAUUUUAUUUUUGUUUGCUCAUAUUAGAAUUGCAUCUAGCAUAUUUUGUAAUGAUGGCUCAAAUCCAUGUAAAUUAGAUCAACAAGGUUCAACUCAUUCAUAUUUUUUACCUAUUAAUGGUUAUCAUUGUCUUGAUGCUGUGAAUGGUGAAUUUAUUUGUACAUGUCCAGAUAGUUCAACAACACGUAAUCAACCUUGUCGAAUUUGCGAUCGUCAACCAAAUCCAUGUGGUGUUGGACCAUCAGUUGUUGCAUGUACUGAUAUAAAUCAAUCUUUUGUAUGUUUAUGUAAAAAUGAACAAGGAGAAUUGAUACAUUCAACAAUGCCAUGUGGUAAUUAUAUCGUUACAACUCCACCUGAAAAUAAAUGUCAGAAUAAAGGUGUUAGAGAUCCAACUACAAAUCUUUGUAAUUGUCCAAGUGGUUUUACAGGUAGUAAAUGUGAAACUCGAGCAGAUAAACAAUUGUGUGAUAAAAUUGAAUGUAUGUCAAAUGGUGCAUGUGCUAUUCGUCCAAUAUUUGAUGGAGCAACAACAUAUCAAUCAGUAUGUCUUUGUCGAGCAGGUUAUGAUGGAGAUUAUUGUGAAUGGCGAAGUAUAAUAGGUUCUUGUACAGUAUCAUAUUGUUUACAUGGAGGUAUUUGUCAACGACGUCAGAUUGGAUCUUCUAAAUAUAUUUAUUGUCAAUGUAAACCUGGAUGGGCUGGUUCACGAUGUGAAACACAAUAUUUUCAUUGUGAAUCAUCGGGAUAUUUCAUUGAUGAACACAUGAGAAAUCAAGGAAAAUAUUUCUCGUGUAUAUCUUUUGAUGAUGAUUAUUUACUUCUACAAUUAUCAUGUCCAAAAGGUCUUAAAUUUGAUCCUAAAAAACAAUUAUGUCUUCAAUAA